GUCCUUCAGAGCCUAGUGGAGCCUGCAGCCAUGGUGGCACUCAAGGGCAUCCCCGGGGCGCUGUCCCCGGAGCUCCUGUUUGCACUGGCACGGAUGGGGCAUGGAGAUGAGAUUGUUCUUGCAGAUGCUAACUUCCCCACCUCCUCCAUCUGUCAGUGUGGGCCUGUGGAGAUCCGAGCAGACGGCCUGGGCAUCCCGGUCCUCCUGGAAGCUGUGCUGAAGCUGCUGCCUCUGGACACCUAUGUGGAAAGCCCGGCUGCUGUCAUGGAACUUGUGCCAAGCGACAAGCAGAGGGGCCUGAAGACUCCAGUGUGGGAAGAUUAUGAGCUCCUUCUGCUCAGGGCUGGAUGCACUAAAGCCUUGAUGACAAUAGAGAGGUUUGAGUUUUAUGAACGAGCAAAGAAGGCUUUUGCGGUUGUUGCAACUGGAGGGCAGGGCCAGGGUCUCAGCACGCUGGCCAGCACAGUCCUCCUGCAGGGAGACAGCCCUCUACGGAAACAUCAUCCUCAAGAAGGGGACGCUGACCCCCACCCCGAUGUAGGCCUGGCGGUGGCCACUGUGCACCCAGAAGUGACUUCCCCGUGACUCACCAGGCCGUGGACCCCACCCAGGGCUGCAGGAACUGGCAAGCCUUGGACGCCCCUCACCGACCAGACAGUCUCCCCAUGUGUAAAAAUGAUGUUAAAAUGAGCCACUUCAACCUUC